AUGGAACAACGAGUUUGCUUGAAACUUUAUGUUUCCAAUGGAAUUACGGCUACGCAGUCUUUAAAAAUGUUACAAAAGUGUUAUGGGGAGUCUACCCUAUCGAGAACUCAAGUAUUUGAGUGGCAUAAAGCAUUCAGUGAGGGUCGUGAAGUCUUAGAAAACUUGCCUCAUGCGAGUCGUUCAUCCACGUCUGUUAAUGACGAUAAUAUUGAAAAAGUGAAGGAAAUCGUACUUGGAAAUCAUCGGGUUGGCAUUAGAGAGAUAGCAGAGGCUUUCAACAUUUCUUAUGCAUCGACUCAACUCAUUGUGGUUAAUGUUUUGGGUACGAAGCGCGAUGCCGCCAGACUCGUACCGAAAGAUUUGAAUUUUCUAGCAUUCUAG